AGCGCGCCAGCCGCAGCCCCGCCAGCCCCGCCAGCCCCGCAGCCCAGCCCGGCAGCCCCGCGCCCGCCGCCGGCGCUUCAAUGGGCAACCUGCUCGGCGGGGUCAGCUUCCGCGAGCCCACCACGGUGGAGGACUGCGACUCCACCUGGCAGACGGACUCGGAGCCCGAGCCCGAGGAGGAGCCGGGGCCGGCGGCUGGCAGCGGCAGCGGCGGCAGCGGUGGAGGCGGCGGCGGCGGCGGCGGCGACGGGGACGCCGAGGCCCCGGGGCGGGAGCCCGAGCAGCCGGCGCAGCCCGACGAGCGCGGCGGAGCGCGGCCCCGGGACGCCGAGGCGCCGGGCGCCGAGCAGGGUGGUGACUCCACUGAAGCAACCACCAAACCAAAGAGAAGUUUUUAUGCUGCAAGAGAUCUAUACAAAUAUCGUCACCAGUAUCCACAGAACUUCAAAGAUAUCCGAUAUCAAAAUGACUUGAGCAAUCUUCGUUUUUAUAAGAAUAAAAUUCCAUUUAAGCCAGAUGGUGUUUAUAUUGAAGAAGUUUUGAAUAAGUGGAAAGGAGAUUAUGAAAAGCUGGAGCACAACCACACAUAUAUACAAUGGCUUUUCCCAUUGAGAGAACAAGGUUUGAACUUUUAUGCUAAAGAACUAACCACAUAUGAGAUUGAGGAAUUCAAAAAAACAAAAGAAGCAAUUAGAAGAUUCCUUCUGGCUUAUAAAAUGAUGCUAGAAUUUUUUGGAAUAAAACUUAUUGACAAAACUGGCAAUGUUGCUCGGGCUGUCAAUUGGCAGGAAAGGUUUCAGCAUCUGAAUGAAUCCCAGCACAACUAUUUAAGGAUCACCCGUAUUCUUAAAAGCCUUGGUGAGCUUGGAUAUGAAAGUUUUAAAUCUCCUCUUGUAAAAUUUAUUCUCCAUGAAGCUCUGGUGGAAAAUACUAUUCCCAAUAUUAAACAGAGUGCUCUGGAGUAUUUUGUUUAUACAAUUAGAGACAGAAGAGAAAGGAGAAAGCUCCUACGUUUUGCCCAGAAACAUUACACACCUUCAGAAAAUUUUAUCUGGGGACCACCGCGGAAAGAACAGUCUGAGGGAAGCAAAGCUCAGAAAAUGCCUGCCCCUCCCACGUCUGGUCACAGCACCCAAACCUCUGUGCACAAAAAAUCCAAGGACUCCAAAAAUUCCUGCUCUGCUGAUCAUGCGAAUAGCAAAAUAGCUGAAGAAAAACCAGUGACACCUCGAGAGCUUGGAGAAGAGACAGACACGCCCAGCACAGAGCCCAACAGCGAUGCUGCCAGGCCUAGAAAUACAGAGGACACAGAGAAGGACAAGGAUGGUGAAGCGGAGAAUGUAAAUCCUCAACCAGAGAAAACACCGAGUAACACCACAGAGCAAAAGGAGAAUCCAUCUCCUGAAAACAAUGGAGAAGGUGAUGAGCAUAACAAAGAUUGUGAGAAUCUUGGAAGUGCGGGUUCCCCUGAUGAUGUACUAUUACAGUGAAUUAUCCAAAAGCUCACAUACCAAUUUGGGAAAAUAGGUACGAUUCUUAUAAAGAUGUUUCACUUCCCAGUUAACCGCUGACUCAGCAGCAGCUGCUGGGCCUUCUCUGUGCUCUGUAUUCUACUGCAGUAUGAAUUACAGAAUGCUGUGCAUGUCUGUUCGUACCAAUACCAUGUGUAUGUGGUAGGAGUUGUAACCAGUUUCUGGAUCUGUAUGGUACUAUGAAAUACUUAUUUUAUAAUUCUGUAACUGUAUGGCAGUGUUUUGCCAAAAAAAAUGUGUAAAGAGCAAUAGUUUCUGUUGCCUACUGCUGUAUUUUAAAAUAUUGUUUUUAAACUGAUAUAUUUAGAGUUUCAUUAGAGAAAUUAUUUUUAAUAACAAUCACCAACUAUACAUCCUGUAAAAUUAAUAAAAAUCCACUUUUGUCUUAGUUCACAUUUCAGCAUUGUGUUAGAGUACAUAUGUUGGCUUUGCAUGAUUAAAAUAUUUUUUAAGAGCUGGAACAAA